UCGCGGAUUUCUUCUCAGCGUCGACACUCUCCUUUCCACCUCUGCCACGCUCAAUUGAUCGUGUGAAGAUGCACAUCCAUUCUCUCCUUGUCGGCGCCGCUGCCCUUGCGGCCGGCGCCAGUGCUCAGACUCAUGGCUUGUCUCCUCCUAGCUACCCCUCGCCCUGGAUGCACGGCGGCCACGGCUGGGACCACGCCUAUAAGAAGGCUGUCGAGUUCGUUAGUGGGCUUACCCUGCUUGAGAAGGUGAAUAUCACCACCGGCACGGGCUGGACGCAAGACCUCUGUGUUGGGGCUACUGGAGGCAUCCCCCGCCUUGGGUUCAAUGGUUUCUGCCUCCAGGAUUCCCCAUUGGGAAUCAGGUUCAGCGACCAAAACUCCGCCUUCCCCGCCGGCGUCAACACCGCGGCCACCUGGUCCAAGAAGCUCUUCAAGGCCCGCGGCGAGGCCAUGGGCGAGGAAUUCCGCGACAAGGGCAUCGACGUGAUUCUCGGCCCCGUCGCCGGCCCCCUCGGGCGCUCCCCCGAAGGCGGCCGCAACUGGGAAGGAUUCGCCCCGGACCCAGUCCUCACCGGCGUCGCCAUGGCCGAGACGAUCAAGGGCAUCCAAGGCACCGGAGUCAUUGCCUGCGCUAAGCACCUCGUCGGCAACGAGCAGGAGCACUACCGCCAGCAGAUGAGCUCCAACAUGGACGACACGACCAUGCACGAGAUGUACCUCUGGCCCUUCGCCGAUGCCAUCAAGGCUGGCGUCGGCUCCGUGAUGUGCUCCUACAACCGCCUGAACGACAGCUACGCCUGCGAGAACAGCUACCUCCUCAACCACCUCCUGAAGAACGAGCUCGACUUCCAGGGCUUCGUCAUGGCCGACUGGGGCGCCCAGCACAGCGGCGUCGCCAGCGCCCUCGCCGGCCUCGACAUGACCAUGCCCGGCGAGCAGGUCUUCGGCGUAGGAACCUACAGCUACUGGGGCGGCAACCUCACCGCGGCGGUCCUGAACGGGACCGUGCCCCAAUGGCGCGUCGACGACAUGGCUGUGCGCAUCAUGUCCGCCUACUACAAAGUCGGGCGCGACAAGUCGCGGAUCCCCAUCAACUUCUCCAGCUGGACGCGCAACACCACCGGCUACUUCCACACCCUCGGCGAGGCGGACUUCGGCGUCGUCAACAAGCAUGUCAACGUGCAAUCCGACCACAAGCAUGUAAUCCGCGAGAUCGGCGCCCGCUCCACCGUCCUCCUCAAGAACACAAAGCGCGCCUUGCCCCUCAAUAAUCCUAAGAGCGUAGCAGUCAUCGGCGAGGACGCACACCUCAACCCGGCCGGCAUAAACGCCUGCGACGACCGCGGCUGCGACAAGGGAACCCUCGCCAUGGGAUGGGGCAGCGGGACAGCAAAUUUCCCCUACCUGAUUGCCCCCGUCGACGCCCUCCGCGCCCAGGCCGAGACAGACCACAGCACCUUCGUCAACAUCUCUAACAACUACGACCUAGCCGCCAUCCGCGCCGCAGCCGCCGGGAAGAGCGUCGCUCUCGUCUUCGCCAAUGCGGAUUCGGGAGAGGACUACAUCACAGUCGACAACAACGAGGGGGACCGCAACAACCUCACCCUCUGGCAAAACGGCGACGCGGUGAUCGCCGCCGUCGCGAGCGUAAACCCCAACACCAUCGUCGUCCUGCACACCGUCGGCCCGGUCCUCAUCGAGACCUACAAGAAGCACCCCAACAUCACCGCCAUCCUCUGGGCCGGUAUUCCCGGCCAAGAAAGCGGGAAUGCAAUCACCGACGUGCUGUAUGGCGAGAUCAACCCCUCCGCCAAGAGCGUCUUCACCUGGGGCAAAGAAGCCAAGGACUGGGGCGUUAAUAUCCUCUACAACGAUUCCUCCGUCGUGCCGCAGAUGACGUUUUCGGAGGGUAAUUUCAUCGAUUACCGCCACUUCGAUAAAGCGGGUAUUGAGCCCUCGUACGAAUUCGGGUUUGGGCUGUCGUAUACCACUUUCGAGUACUCCGCCAUCGGCGUCCGGAAGUUGCAGGAUGAUGAGUACACACCCACUACCGGGGAGACGAAGCCAGCGCCGACGUUUGGGACGGUGGAUAACUCGACAUCCGCAAACAUGAUGCCAAAGGGGUUCCCAGCCGUGAAGGCAUACGUGUAUCCCUACCUUGACAAGACGACGGGCAACGCCGAGGGCGGCAACGGAGACGCGCCGAAGGGGAGCCAGGACGGGAGCAGGCAGCGCAAGUUACCCGCUGGCGGUGCGCCGGGGGGGAAUAGCGGGUUGUGGGAUGAGUUGUAUGAGGUUAGCGCUACUAUUACCAACACCGGCAAGCUUGACGGGACGGAGGUUGUGCAGCUUUACGUCUCCCUAGGCGGCCCCAACGACCCCCCCGUCGUCCUGCGCGGCUUCAACGACCUCGCCAUCCCGCGCGGCCGCUCCAGGGCUGUGAGGUUUAAGUUGACGAGGAGGGAUGUCAGUAACUGGGAUGCGGGGAGGCAGGAUUGGGUUAUUAGUGAUGCGCCGAAGACGGUGUAUGUUGGGGCUUCGAGUCGGAAGUUGACGUUGAAGGCGGUGUUGGGUUAG